UCUUUCAUUUUAGCUGGAGAAGGGAUUGUUUGCUUGUUUUGCCCCAUGGUGUCGGUGCGGGCAGCAGAAACCUGGGAAUUGUUUUCUGUGCCCGCCGCGGACCGCAGAUCUGCCGGAGAGGCGCUGAGCGCGAGGCCGGGCCGCUGCUAGCGGGCGGGUUGUUUCCCCCGGACGGGCUGCGGUGUCACACUCUCCCGAGCUAACGGAGCGUUAGCUCCAGCUGAACUUUGACAGUGUCGGGCUCGUCGGUCGCAUCCGCACGAAGGAAGCAGCUCGUCAGUCGGAGCAGAGGACGUCAGCAGGAGGGAUUCUUGAGUCCCUCACCCCGUCGGUCCCUGAGAUGACGUCCCAGCAGCCCCAGCUGCCCGGCGCUGUCAUUCCCCCCCAGCUGGCCCAGAACUCUUCCGCCCCCCAGGCCCGGCCUCACAUUCUGGACUCCAGUCAGAGCAGGGCCAACGCCAGGCCCCCAGAACACAGAGCGGCGGCGGCGGCGGGGCGGCCGGGCUGCUCCGGCGGGGAGGCGGCCGGCAGGAACCUCCCGGCGGCGGCGGCGGCCAGACGCGACGGGGCGCUGGAGCCGUGGCCCGAGGAGGCGGUGGACGGCUCCCACGGACUGUACUCGCUGCACCGCAUGUUCGACAUCGUGGGGGCCCAGCUGACGCACCGCGACGUCCGGGUGCUGUCCUUCCUGUUCGUCGACGUCAUCGACGAGUACGAGCGCGGCGGCAUCCGAAGUGGGCGGGACUUCCUGCUGGCUCUGGAGCGCCAGGGCCGCUGCGACGAGACCAACUUCAGACACGUCCUGCAGCUGCUGAGGAUCAUCACCCGCCACGACCUCCUGCCCUACGUCACGCUCAAGAAGCGUCAGGCAGUGUGUCCAGACCCUGUGGACAAGUACCUGGAAGAGACGUCGGUGCGCUACAUUUCCCCCAGAGGAGCAGCGCAGAGCGAGGACGCCGCCCCCCACAGACCCACCGGUCCGCAGCCAGUCAUCUGCUGCUCCCCGUCAGGACCUCACGUUGGGCCCCCCCGGACGAAGCCGGCCCCCCCUGCGCCCAGCCGCAAGCGGAAGAGGAGCCACUCGUCGGCCGACUGCAGAGAGAAGCAAACAUGUGAUAUCCGCCUCCGGGUGCGAGCCGAGUACUGCCAGCACGAGUCGGCCCUGCAGGGCAACGUCUUCUCCAACAAGCAGGAGGCGGUGGAGCGCCAGUUCGAGCGCUUCAACCAGGCCAACACCAUCCUGAAGUCCCGGGACCUGGGCUCCAUCAUCUGCGACAUCAAGUUCUCGGAGCUGACCUACCUGGACGCCUUCUGGAGGGACUACAUCAACGGCUCGCUGCUGGAGGCGCUGAAGGGCGUCUUCAUCACGGAUUCCCUGAAGCAGGCGGUGGGCCACGAGGCCAUCAAGCUGCUGGUCAACGUGGACGAGGAGGACUACCAGGCGGGGCGGCGCAAGCUGCUGCGCAACCUGGUGACGGGCGGCGGCGGCGGUGGCGGCAAGGACUCCCCGUCUUAGAACCCUCCCCCCUCCCGCAGGGGGCCGUUUCAGGUGCCUGUCAGAAACAAAGGAAACCUCCACCCCCCCUCCCACUUCCCCCCCCAGCGCAGCACUCUCGGGAACCCGGGCGGCGGCGUCCGCCCCCACCUGCUCCCAACGCCACGCCCACCCUCGCCACGGGCAGGGCCACGCCCACUCCUGACACUCCUCUGCAGAACAGGAAGCCUAUGCCCCCCCCCCCCCCCCCCCCGUGUGGGCGCUCUGAGGUUUUCAGGUACUUUUGCACAUGGAUGGAUUGAUUUGAUUCCCAGAGUUCUGCUUGCCCCUGUGUCCCGCCGCCUGCGCUCCUGGACGUGGCCGCAGGGGGAACGGGACGCGAGCCCGAAGCGACGCAACGCCAGGAUCUGCAACGCCCCGCCAUGAAUGGAAGGACCCUCAUUCGACCCCCCCGCCCCCCCCGAGUCAGCGGCCCCGUCCAGACUGCGGCGGUUCUCUGGCAGGGCUCCGGUCUGUGUCGGAGGUCAGGCGUUGGCUGCGCGACCCCGGAGCAGACCUGGGGUCGGCUCUGCUCCGGGACUGACCGACUCCACUUCAUGCAUUUCCCCCGCCGUUUGCCAAAAUUUCCAAAAAGCAAAUUUUACCUCAGAUUUGAAAUGGCGCCGCCUGUGUGUGUGUGUGUGUGUGGAGUUCUCCUUCGGUCCGGCCGGCGGCGAGCCGAGACUCUCCAGCUGGCGUCUCGUGUUUUUACAACAUGUGUUCUUCCGUGUCGGAGAAGAAGAAGAAGAGAAAUGUUUCCAGUUUGUGUUCAUCAUGUGAAACAUUUACGCAGUUUCCUCCUAAAAAAGUUCUAAAGAUGUCAAAAACGCAGGCCUCAGUCUGAAGGUCAAAGGUCAAAGUGUUCACCUGGUCUCCUUCAGCGUUGAAUCAGAGUUUUCACUGCUGAAGUUGUGUCAACAUUCAGGGAGUUUUUCCUUCUUUUGUUCUGUAAAUGAAGACACAGUGUAGGACUGUAGGUGGUCCCCCCCCCCCCCCCCCCCCCCCCCCAGCAGACUGGACAGCUCCUCCUCUCAGGUUUGUGAUCUUUCUCCUGGAUUCCCUCCGAGUGCUGCUCUUCCUCCGGGUUCGUCCCGUUGGAAGAACGGGAAACGCUCACCGAGCUGAAGACCGUUCAGGGUCUCGUCUCGCUCUCAGAGCUGAUUUUAGUGCUUCACUCAAUAUUUUCUGAGGGGUUUUGACGUUUUAGCAUCCAGUGAAGUAUUUCCAGAGUUUUUAAUUGAUCGAGCUAUAAACAGUUUAAAGGUCGUGGACUAUAUUUCCCUCACCAUCGAAGCCCUCUCAGCACAUUCACGUCACUCUUACUGGUUUUUGGGAACAUUGAACAUUGAAAACCCCUUUUUAUCAUUUGGAUUUGAAUCAUUUCAUCUUUUUUUUUUUUAAUGCUUAUUUUCUAUUUUAAAUUUGAAGUUGGAAGCAUAAACUGCCUGAAUGUGAGAUGAACACGGACUGGCGGGCGUCGGGCGGUUUCUCACCAAUCAGAAGGCGUGAGUGGACAUCGGGUCACUGUGAAGGACGAGCCUCCUCUCCUGUAAAGGUUGCAGAGUUAGUAUCUAUUAUAUAGGUUGGUGUAUGUUAUGUUGAUUGUAUGUUAUCAUAGUUGUUAAAAGCAGCUUUCCCGCAGAACUUGCAUGUAAACCUGUUCCUCUGGACUCACAGUGCUGCCAUCUGUAAAUAACUCCUGGAUGUCGGGUUUUCUUACUUCAGUUUUUUGCAUUUCUUGGAGCGAAGCGACAAAUAGGACUGUUAAUAAAUUAAUCGGAUGGGUUUUGUCGAUGUUCUGAUCCUAAUGAGCCUUUUUUAAAUAAACAUCACAUGGCACAGUGUC